AUGGCGAAGAGCGCGUUCUUGGUACGAGUAUAUGAAGCCAACACGGUAUAUGACUCAAAGGUUGCUAUUGAAGCGGAGAAGCCGGACGAGCUAAAGGACGUGGAUGCAUUUAAAUUGCAACUGUUUCUGGCAAAGAAAGACGCAAGCGUGUGGCUGUCAUCUCGCUCGGAAGGCGCAACGAGGCCAGCAAUGCAGAUUCCAAAGAUGACUGAAGUGGUCGUGCCAGAAAAAUACGCUGAAGAAUGCAGAUUACUGGAUGAAUGGGAUAUCAAUGCUGGUGUCGUGGUGGGCUCGCCGGGCAUUGGUAAGUCGACGAUGUUAUGCAUAAUGGCCUUUUAUCUCGUUUUCAGGCACAAUAAAAAUGUGCUGGUGUACCGGCGAAUGGUCCAGUUACGAGAGGAGUACUAUCUCAUUUAUCUAGGUCACGAGAAUAAGAAGGUCGUGCAGUAUACAGUUGCGCGAUGUACUACACCGAAUGCGACUGACAUAUAUGAGGAGCUUAUCCGCCAAAAGGGCGUAUCAAACGUAUAA